UAUGUGGAACUGGGAGUAGCCAAAUAUAUACGUGCAGUUUACAUUAAUCCUCUAAUCAAGAUGACAGCUGUCACUGAUGAGCAUCAGUUUCUAGUCCAGCUAUGAUCUGAGAGGAGAUGAUAGCGGAGCCAACUUUACUGUCCAGAUCGGUGCAAAAAGAGAACUCAGUAGUUGACGUCUCUUCCUGUGCAUCGGUGCAUCACGUUUCAAGUGAGAGAAAUGAAAACAGACAGAAGACUGUGAGAGGAAAGAGGAAAGCCCGGGAAUGCUCUGAGAAUGCCAAAAGAAAGCAUUCAAAGAGCAGUAAUGGCAGCCUGGGCAGAGCAGAGAACGAACAGCUCAAAAAUGGAGACGUGGAAGCCAUCACACUGUUUGAGGUGGUCAGCAUGGGCAGGAAUGCAAUGCAGGCUGUGGUGGAUGACUGGAUUGACGCUUAUACUGGCGACAGAGACUCAGCACUGCUCGAUCUCAUCAGCUUCUUUAUCCAGUGUUCAGGAUGCAAAGGAAUGGUUACAGCAGAGAUGUUUCAGAGUAAAAAGGGUACCGAUGUCAUGAGUAAAAUGGUGGAGGAUUUGGACGAGGACACAGGUUUACAAUAUAAGAAGUUCCUUGCAUUUCCAUGGAUUUUAACUGUCACGUGGCCUCUUGACAUGGACAGUGGCGAGUAUCCCCUCAUCAUGUCCGGCCUGUACUGGAAGAGGUUUCGUUCACACUUCUGUGAGUUCGUAUCGGUGCUAGUGGCCCAGUGUCAGAACUGUGUAAUCUUUGACGGCUACCUCUUGAACACACUCAUUUCACUGCUGACAGAGCUCUCCGAUUCCAGAGUGCGUGCUUUCAGGCACACCUGUACGCUAGCAGCAGUGAAGCUGCUCAGUGCUUUGGUGAAUGUGGCUCUCAACCUCAGUGUCAGUGUUGAUAACAGUCAGCGGCUGUACGAGGUCGAGCUGGCCAAGAUGGCCAGCAAACGGGCUUCUCAGAGGCUGGACAGGAUCCAGAGAAAGAUCAGUGAGAUACAGGACAGGAAAUGUGAAAUUGAGAACAUGAUGGAUGCCGUUUUCAAAGGAGUCUUCCUGAAGAGAUACAGAGACGUGAUUCCUGAAAUCAGGGCCAUCUGCAUGGAGGAACUGACAGUGUGGAUGAAGCUGUAUAGUUCAGUGUUUCUAAACGACAGCUAUCUGAAGUAUGUGGGGUGGAUGAUGCAUGACAAGCAACCUGAUGUGCGUCUGAAAUGUGUGCUGGGACUACAGGCACUUUAUCAGGAUCAAAGUAGUUCCAAAAUGGACCUUUUCACGAUACGGUUUAAGGAGAGGAUGAUCUCCAUGACUCUGGAUAAAGACCAUGAAGUGGCCAUACAGGCCAUGAGAUUGCUCAUGGUCAUCUCUCAAUCCUGUGAGGAUUUUCUGAGUGCUGAUGACCACAAGAAUGUCUUCCAAUUUGUGUACUGCUCCCACAGACCUCUAGCUACCACUGCGGGUGAAUUCCUCUAUAACAGGCUGCUCAGUAACCAUGAAUUAUCAAAGUCCAGAGAUGGAGCCUCUGAUCAGGAGAGGCACAGAGAGUUAGUCUUAGCUAGAGUCCGAGCACUGAUCCACUUCCAGACCGAGAAUGAGCUGCAUCAGCAUGUGCCGUACCUUGUGGAUAGUCUGUGGGACAGUGCAGGGGCUCUGCUGAAGGACUGGACCGGUCUUACCUCACUGCUCUUACCUCACACGUCCUGUCAGGAACAAGCUCUGAGCAUAGCUGAGGAGGCCUUUGUGAUUGAGCUCAUAUUGGCAUCAGUAAGGCAGGCUGCAGAGGGCCCUCCUUUGUCCGGGAGAGGAGCAGGUAAAAAGGUGGUAAAUUCUAAAGAGAAAAAGUUACAAAUUGAUGACUGCACAAAACUCACUGAACAGUUCAUUAAAGUGCUGCCUGAGCUGUUAUCCAAGUACUCAGAGGAUGCUGAAAAAAUCACCUCCCUUCUAAAAAUACCUCAGUAUUUCCAAACGGACACCUGUGAUCAUGAAAACUCACUGUGUGCGCAGGCAUUGCUGGCUGAGCUGGAGGCUGCGGUGGACAGACACACACAUGCUGGACUGCUGGAGGCGGCUGCUCGUUCUUACCAGAGCCUCUGUGCUCAGGAUUUGCCCUGGCACUCUCUGGCCCGGCCCAGCUUUGACCGGUUCAUCCAGCACUGGACAGACACACUGGGAACACGGUUAGGAGAAUCACUGAGUGACGGUUGUUUCACUGCAAACGAGGACAGCACUUUGGAAAUUCUGUCCACACUGAAGAAACUUAAUGCGUUCAAUAUUGCUCAGGAUCUGUCUAAAUGGAGCCUUUAUGAGCUGGGGACCAGACUCCUGGAUGUGGAAAUAAAACAUGGUGGUCUUCCAAUGGAGGUGACAAUUGAGGCUCUGCGCUGCAUGUGUAGCUGCAUCCUUUGGAAGCUCAACACCUUUGGAGAAGGUUUGACCUCCAGGGAGUCCGCCCUCCAGCAGAGAAGCCAGCUACGUGCCUUCUGUGAGAAAUGUUACCGCUGUCUCUCGCACGCUGAGCAGCUUGUACGAGAGCAAGCCUUCAUAUGUCUGAGUGAUGUUCUCAUAGCUCAUAAUUACCAGCUUCAGAUGUGGGAUUCGUCUGCAGGCACUCCAUUGCUGUACACCCCUGAUCCCAAACUCCAGAAAGCUCUUUUUUCCUUCGUCGUGGAGCAUGUCUUCACCAGCCCUGAGCAGGACACCCACAGUAGUAAAGUGAUGGCUUCAGGACCAGGCAGGACGACGACAGACACAUUCUGUUUCCAGAGCAGAAAAUUCAGUGAGAGUGAGUGUGGAGACGGACAGCUGGAAGACUUGCACCGGCGGAGAAAUCUUCUGGCGGCGUACUGCAAGCUGAUAGUGCACAGUGUGCUCGAGAUGAGCAUGGCUGCUGAGGUUUUCAAGCAGUAUGUGAAGUACUACAAUGACUUCGGCGACAUCAUCAAAGAGACCCUGAACAGGACACGGCAGAUGGACAAGAUGGAAAGCGCACGCACGCUGGUGCAGUGCCUUCAGCAGCUGUAUCUGAGGCUGAAACAGGAGCAGGACAGAGGAAACACCUGCAGCUCCAGGGUCCAGACCUACAGCAGCAUCAAGGAGCUGGCCAGACGCUUCUCACUCACCUUCGGAUGGGACCAGAUCAAAUCCCGCGAGUCCCUGGCCAUGAUCCACAGGGACGGCAUUGAGUUUGUUUUCAAAGGGUUCGUUCAGCAGUCUGAGAAACACUCUCCGCUGUACAUCUCAUACCUCACCAUCCUCAGCGAAUUCUCCAGCAAACUGCUCAAACCUGACAAGAAGACUAUCUACAGUUAUUUGCAGAAGUUUGCUGGUGAGCUGGUCAUUAACAACAGAGAGGAGAGCUGGAUGCCGCUGAUUUACUACAGAACGUCUCUGAUGGGCACGGCUGAGGGAGAAGAUGCCAUCUCCUUCAUCAGCUCUGACACCAACAAACAGCCCUCCCUCAGCAACCGCUCCAGAUCACCCUCCGUCAAACAAGUCAACUCUGAAGGGGACCAAAGGUUUCUUUCCCCCUCUUCAGAAGCAAAGGGAAAUGAGCUUCUGAAAAGUUCCGAAGACUCAAAAGUCCAACAAGCCCCACUGAGCAGAGAGCAGCUGACCAGCAGUCUCAUGUCUGAUAAAGUUCUAAGGAGCAGUGAUGAAGUGGAUACUGUAGAUAUUGAUGGCUAAUGUUGUAAUCAUGGCUAAUCUGUCAUCAUGGAUCUGUUUUUUGUUUGUUUUGUAUUUACUGGUAAAGGACAACAUUUGCACUACAUAAUGUCCUGUAUAAAUAAAUUGUGCCAUUUAAAAUGAUAAUAAUCAUGAUCAGAUUCAGAUCUAAUAAGGCGGUGCUGAAAUAUCUGUAAAGAAUGUAAAUUCAUGGUGCAUGGCUAUCGAUUAAAUUUCUGCACAGCCUAUGUGGGCUUAAAAAGACAGAAUGAUGCACUUUCAAAUCUUGGUGUAAAACACUCAUUUACUGCUAAUUGUAGCGCAAAAAUAAAAAUAUUGCAAUUUGACCAAUCUUAUUUAAUAUUUGUUGCCGUGUACUUUUAGACCACACAUAUAUACAUUUUGUUGUGCAUUGCUGAAUCAUAAUGUGGUUUAUUCAGGUAUUCAAAUAAGCUACACUUGUGUUGUAAAUUGAGAAGCAGCUGUAUUUUUUUUUUAUUUUAUUUGAUACUUUGUCACAGCUAUUAUGUUUAUGCCUUCUACUUGUAAAAUUAAAACAGGUUGCUCCAUAAUUAUUUCAAAUUAAUUUGACUUGCAGAAAUGUAUAAAUUAACUUUAAUUAAGGAGCAAUAACAU